AUAGGGUAUUUGGUUCAUGGUACGAGUCACGACAUGACAUGCGGCAUAAGUGGCGAGGGCGUGAGAGCGAUCCCAAAUCAGGACAGAAAAACUCCAAACAUUUAAUGCGGCAAUUCCUUUGUUGCCUAACUGUUCUCAUUUUCUGUUAUUUCGUCGCUCCCGCUCCUGCGCGCCUAAUGUUUCAUCCAAAAUUACCACAACAAUUCCAAUACUCUUUGUUCACAAUCUCCACCUCCGCUUCGCUCCUCCUCUUCUCUCGCCCAUGAAGCAACGUAGUUCGACGAAAAUCUCCCUUAAAUGGAUCCCAUUUCUCUGCAUCUCCUUCUUCAUCCUCGGAACUGUCUUCUCUAACAGGCUAUGGAUUCCAACUAUAUUCAACGAUUGUGACACAAAGAAAAAGCCUGCAACAGAUAAUGAUGAGAAGGGUGAAGUUUUGAAAACCCACGAAGCAAUUGAAUCUCUAGACAAGUCAUUUGCAAUGCUCCAGAUUAAGUUAGCUCCCCCAGGUAGUUCUCAGAAAAUGAAGAACUCGGAUGCCACCGGUGCUGUCUCGACCUUGGCUGGUAUCGACUCGCCGAGGAAGAAAGCAUUCAUGGUCAUUGGGAUUAACACUGCUUUUAGUAGUAGGAGACGGCGUGAUUCCAUCAGAGAAACUUGGAUGCCACAAGGGGAAAAGCUUGUUCGGUUGGAGCGUGAAAAGGGGAUUAUUAUCCGUUUCAUAAUCGGCCAUAGUGCAACAUCCGACAGCAUUUUAGAUAGAGCCAUUGAUUCAGAGGAUGCUCAACAUAAGGACUUCCUUAGACUGGAGCAUGUUGAAGGAUAUCAUGAAUUAUCUGCAAAAACAAAAACUUAUAUUUGUACUGCAGUUGCAAAUUGGGAUGCCGAGUUCUACGUCAAGGUGGACGAUGAUGUCCAUGUUAAUCUUGGUAAGCUAGCUGCACUUCUUGGCCGUUACCGUUCCAAGCCCAUGGCCUAUAUAGGGUGCAUGAAAUCCGGACCGGUUCUUUCUAAAAAGUCUGUCAAGUACCAUGAACCGGAGUACUGGAAAUUCGGAGAAGAGGGGAACAAGUACUUUCGACAUGCAACUGGUCAGAUAUAUGCAAUUUCAAAGGAUCUCGCAAACUACGUUGCCGCAAACCAGCAUAUAUUGCACAAGUAUGCUAAUGAAGAUGUGUCCCUCGGUUCAUGGUUUAUCGGCCUUGAGGUUCAGCACUUGAAUAUUAAGAGCAUGUGCUGUGGUACUCCACCAGAUUGUGAGCUGAAGGCAAAAGCAGGUAAUGCGUGUGCCGCAUCAUUUGAUUGGAGUUGCAGUGGAAUCUGCAGAUCAGUGGAGAAGAUCAAAAUCGUUCAUCAAAGGUGCGGGGAAGGGGAUGCUGUAGUUUGGAGUGCCUUAUUUUAAACCGAUAUAAGGUUUUCUUUUGGGGGAGGAAGGGGGGUUUCGUGGUUGAUCAAUGGUGGAGGAAACUUCUGCUUUCAAUGCAUAUCCUCGACCGUUUACUUUCAGAAAUGGAAAACAAAAAAAAGGCGGCGUUGAGUUGUUAGAUAUUUUGUUCUCCAACAAUGCUCCUCAUCCCGCGCAGGAGUUCUUCACCAACAUGGAAGCUGCUGUUCGAGCUCAUCCGCUUUGGGGAGGAUGCUCAGAGGAGGACCUCCACAGUGCUGGUGAACUUACUUUGAGACAGUACGCAGCUCCGGCAGGUUGUUAUGGCUAAUAUUUUGUUGUACUGAGAAGUUAUUGAACCCAGACAAAGAGAACUUUGCGAUCUGAACCAAAUCUUCUGAAAUAAAACCUUUAAGUAGAGAAGAUCUGUCAUCAAUUACUAAAGUUCCAUCAAUCUCAAAGCUGGAGAAUCAAGGGGCAACCAUGCUUCUGCAGGAGGAUCAGACAAGAAAAGUGUUUCGAGAGUGCCCAUAUAUGUUUGUUCAUUUUAGUGACCUGAAAAUCAAUGAUGUUGAGGACCUGAAUAACUAUAAACAACUUGUCUUCAAGUAUGUUUGCUUUUGAAAGGACUGGGUAGCGUUUCUGCAACUAUUCCUUCUUCCAGUUCACCAGCUCUAGCUCCAGAACAUGUUGGAACAGUGAAGGAAUCUGAAGAUAAUAGAGUGAUGGAACUAAAUAUUGGACUGCAAAAAGAUACUGACAGGGUGGAUGAUAUCCCAAGUUCAGUCUCUAAACAAGAAAAUACAGUAUCCAAUUUCCCAAGGAUGAGGCAGUUGCACCCCCAGGAGACAACCAUGAUGACACCUCUGAACAAUAGCUGACUGGGUUGAUGUUAAUUUUUUUGGAAUAUCAUGGCCUUUCAUUGUUCUGGUAACCUUGCCACUAGGACUUUUUUCUUCCCUCUUUUAUGCAGCAAAUGACUACUGCUGCAGCUGCAAAUGAAAAGACAAUGUAAGACCAAGUUCUUAAUUUGAACUUUGAAAUGAUUUGGUUUGGAAAUUCAUAAUGCCCUGUAGAUGCAAGUUUUGCUGUAACACUGUGGGUUCAACUCGGCAAAGCCCUUAUUUCAGCACAUAUAGGUACAAUUCUUUGCUUCAUCCUCGUACACAGUAUCGUGGUUCGUUACGAAUGGUAGGAAAGCUGUAAACUUGGAACUUCUGUUUUGAAGUAAGAUGUGGCAACCUUUUGGAUCAUAAACCAACAUUGACAUGCCAGGUUAAACAUGUAGAUACCUUGAUCAUUAUUGAAUUAUUGGAUUGAUUUAUUUAUUUUCAAACGUUUUUGUUUGGAUUGAGUAGCUUUCUUGUUCCUUCAUACGCAUCAUCAUCCCAACCCCAAGAUUGAGAGAUGGUGCAUUAUGUCAUGCCAUAGAUAUUUUGUCCAAAUAAAAUAUCGUAUUAUGCCUGAUAUUUCUUCUUUUUUUCCUUGGGGAAGUGAAUAUCCGAUCAAGAGGCCACAACUUGGAAUUUGCUUGAUAUUUCUUUUUAGAUCUUAGGCUAAAUGCACCCGGAAUUUGAUUCAAUAAUAGAUGCAUAGAUCUUCUCUGAAAGGCAUGCUCCAAUCACUUGAUGGAGAAUACGAAGGCAACUGAUUUUCCCAGUAAGUUGGAGGGUAAGGAGAGAGAAGAGGCAACAGUGACAGAUAAGCAUGUCUUUGAUUUUCUAGGCAAUCUCUGGCAAUGCAAUAUUGAUGACACUGAUCAGAUUUGUUAAAAGAAAAGCAAAGGAGGGGCCAA